AUGGUCGGGCCCCUCUCGGUCGAACCAGAAGGAGUGGAGCUCAACGGCUUCGAGCCGUUUCUUGUUGGCUGUGAGGAGUGGGAGAGGGGUAGGGGCGGGGAGGAGGAGGAGUGGGAGAGGGGUAGGGGCGGGGAGGAGGAGGAGUGGGAGAGGGGUAGGGGCGGGGAGGAGGAGGAGUGGGAGAGGGGUAGGGGCGGGGAGGAGGAGGAGUGGGAGAGGGGUAGGGGCGGGGAGGAGGAGUGGGCGAGGGGUAGGGGCGGGGAGGAGGAGGAGUGGGAGAGGGGUAGGGGCGGGGAGGAGGAGGAGUGGGAGAGGGGUAGGGGCGGGGAGGAGGAGGAGUGGGAGAGGGGUAGGGGCGGGGAGGAGGAGGAGUGGGAGAGGGGUAGGGGCGGGGAGGAGGAGGAGUGGGAGAGGGGUAGGGGCGGGGAGGAGGAGGAGUGGGAGAGGGGUAGGGGCGGGGAGGAGGAGGAGUGGGAGAGGGGUAGGGGCGGGGAGGAGGAGUGGGCGAGGGGUAGGGGCGGGGAGGAGGAGGAGUGGGAGAGGGGUAGGGGCGGGGAGGAGGAGGAGUGGGAGAGGGGUAGGGGCGGGGAGGAGGAGGAGUGGGAGAGGGGUCCGUCCCCAGGUCCGUCCCCAGGUCCAUCCCCAGGUAGGUCCAUCCCCAGGUAG